AUGCCACCGAAAGUACUUUGCCCUGCACUAUCCCCAGCACAGCGCAAGGCGGCCUCGCGGGAACACCCACCAGUUCCAAAAGUUUGCGUUGUUACAGGUGGCACAGGGUUUGUAGGUAUGCGUCUCGUGGAGAUGCUCGUGGAACGAGGUGCAGAGCGGGUUGUGUGUUUUGAUAUUGUUCCGGUAGAAAAGGUAGUUAGCGUAUGGCGGCAUCCGGCCAUAGAGUACGUCGUUGGCGACAUCGCCAACUAUGAUGAUGUUUCCAAGGCAGUCAAAGGGGCAGACUGCGUCUGGCAUCUGGCAGCCGCAGUCGGGCCGUUUCACCCACAGGAGUUGUACGAUAAGGUCAACUACGGAGGCACAGUGAACGUCAUCCGUGCAUGCAAGGAGUGGGGAGUGCAUAAAAUUGUGAUGAGCAGCUCCCCGUCCACACGCUUCAAGGGGAGCCUCUUCCAUCGCCCAUGCGUGGAUGGCAUGACAGAGGAUGAAAUGCCAAAAUUGCCCUUGAAUGCGUAUAUGCAAAUGUACGCAGAGACCAAAGCAAAGGCGGAGAUGGCUGUGACGGCUGCCUGCUGUGACGAUCUUCUUGUGGUUAGCGUGGCGCCCCAUCAGGUGUAUGGGCCUCGCGAUAAUCUGUUUCUUCCCAACAUGCUCGAGGCAGCAGGGACAGGCAAAUUGCGUAUUUUCGGUUCUGGUGAAAAUCGUAUCUGUUUCACUCACGUCGACAACUACGCACAUGGCCUUAUUAUCGCUGAGCGGCAACUUUUCAAGGGGUCGCAGGCUUUGGGAAAGUUUUACAUUGUGACGGACGGCCGCACACACCCAGAACCUGAUGCCUACUGCAUCUUCUGGAAAGAGCUCGACAAGGCCGUGGUGGCGAUGGGAUUCUCGUCUAUUCAGCAGAAGGUACACUACAACUUUUGGUUCUUGUAUCUGGUGGCUCUUUUCGCUGAGGCGCUUGGAUGGCUUAUGGGACGUGUCUUCAAGCUGAACGUGUUCAAUGUGUUUGUGCUAACAAUGCACCGGUGGUUCCGAAUUACGGCAGCAGAACAGGAACUAAAGUACGAGCCGAUCAUUCCGUUCCGUGAGGGCUGGGAUGAUACCAUCUCAUGGUUUAAGGAGAAUUGGCUACCCACCUUUGAGAAGCAAGACAAGUCGUGGUUCGGGUUGGCGAGGCGUUCACAGCAAAAGAUUGACAUUCAGGCACGGAAAAAUCAAUAG